AUGUGGAAAUCAACAGGUUGGAGAGAAAUGGAGAUCGAAUCCACAAUUUCCCAGAAAUAUAACUACGAGCGUGCCAAAUUUGAAGAUCCAAAUAUAAUCCAGGAAUAUUUUGAUCGCGUACAAGAGGUUAUAGCAGAGCAUGGAAUCUUACAAGAAGAUAUCUACAAUUUUGAUGAGACUGGCUUUGCAAUGGGUCUCUGUGCGGCUGCAAAGGUUAUCACUGGAAGUGAUCGAUAUGCUCGGCCAAACCUAUUACCGCCUUGUAAUCGAGAAUGGGCAACUGCAAUCGAGGCAGUUGAUUCAAUUGGAUGGAUCUUACCUUCGUACACUAUUUUCAAGGCAAAGAAAUACACUCGAUUAGGCUGGUUUGAGGACGUUCCAGACGAUUGGAGAAUUAAUAUUAGCGAUAAUAGAUGGACGACAGAUAAUAUUGGAUUAGAAUGGCUUAAAACUCAUUUUAUUCCUCUUACCGAUGGCCGUAUAUUGGGGAAAUAUCGGAUGUUGAUUUUCGAUGGUUAUGGAAGCCAUUUAACUGCUGAAUUUGACCUUACAUGCACUGAGAAUAAUAUUAUUCCAGUCUGUAUGCCUCCUCAUUCUUCACAUCUUUUACAGCCUCUUGAUGUUGGCUGUUUUGCUGUUUUAAAGCGACAUUAUGAACAGCUUGUUGAGCAGCGAAUGAGGCUUGGAUUCAAUCACAAUGACAAAAUCGACUUUCUCACUGCAUUUCCAACAACUCGUACAAUGGCAUAUAAAGCUCAAACUGUUUGGAAUAGCUUCGCAGCAACUGGGUUGACACCUCAAAUCACACGUCAAUUCACACCUCAAUUGACUACAGUUAUAAGGCGUAUAGAUCAGCUUACGGGAAGCCCCAAUGAAGUGAUUGAUCAAGCAAUUAUGCGGAUGUCAAAGCCUUAUGAAAAGACUGUGAAUGAUCUCUUGAUUGUAUGGAAAGAAAAUAAGGAUUUACGAGCUGCACAUGAGAAAGAGAAACAGAAACGUCAAAUAUCUCAUGAGCAGCUCAGGCAUUCGUACAAGGUCAGAUUUUAA